AUGCCGUGCUUCCUGACCGAGUGCGACCCCUUUGCAGAGGCCAAGCGCUUCGGCCUGGCGCUGGGUGGCCUCUACGUGUACCACUACGUUGUCGACACGGUGUUCAUCCGCCCUGCAGUCCGGUACAUGCUUGUCAAGGGCUGGUUGACGAAGGACAAGGAGGACAAGAUGCGCGAGUCGCUGUAUAAGAACGCGGCAGUUGGCGCCUUCCACCUCUUCGGUCUCUACAUCGGAUGGCACGAGACGUGGUUCCUCAACAAAGAGGAGUACUUCAAGGAAUUCCCCAAUGCCACGAGUGAAGCGCAGCGGUGGUACUACAUGAUCUAUCUGAGCUUCUGGCUCCAGAGCAUCGACUUUAUGCUGAACCUGACGAACACACACUACACAGUCAAGCGCAAGGACAAUGCCGAGAUGAUCGUGCACCACGUGUCGACCAUCUCGCUCAUGCUCUUUUCCUACUGCGUCGACCUCACGAAGAUCGGCCACUGCGUGCUCAUGAUCCAUGACGUCAACGAUCUGUUACUCGAGACUGCCAAGGUGUUUGUGUACCUGCAGUGGGAGACCGUCGCCAACAUCUUCUUUGGACUCUUUGCACUCGUGUGGUUCCUCCUGCGCUGGUUCUUCUACUCGUACAACAUUCUGCACAGUGCGUAUGCAUUCGCGUACCGGGACAUUGUGGCGUCGAUCAUGGAGGUCGGCAGCUAUCGCGGCAUUGACGCCUCCGUGUGGUACGCGACGUGGGUUGUCUGGUUUGGCUUUUUGUGCCUGCUGCUCGCGCUACACGUCUACUGGGGUGUCCUGAUCGUCAAGAUGGUGAUCAAGGCGCUGGAUGACGGCAACGUCGAGAAGGACAUUCGCAGCGACUCGGAAGACGAGCAGGUCGAGGAGAAAGAGGACAAGCAGUUGCAAGGAGAGUCCGCCAUUAGCACCCCUCGACGCCGUCGUGCUCCCAAGGCGGAGUGA